AUGAAGAAUCUUACGGCACAAAAUUUUUCAUUCACAGACUUCCAACUGAAUGGAUUCUACAGUCUAGAAGAAUGGAGGCCUUUUUUAUUUAUCCCUUUCCUUCUGAUGUUUUUAUUGUCUAUCACAGCUAAUUCUAUUAUCAUAUAUUUAAUCAUAUCUCAUAAGUCUCUGCACUCUCCUAUGUAUGUAUUAAUAGGUUUUAUGGCUGUUGUAGACUUGAUCUUGCCUAUAUUCUUUGUACCUAACAUGCUCUUUAGCCUUUUAUUUAAUUGGAGUAGCAUAUCUCUAACUGGUUGCUUGAUACAAAUGUUUUGUAUUCAUUUUGUUGGAGCAUUUCAAUCCACUUUGCUUCUGUGGAUGGCACUGGACCGUUACUUUGCAAUAUGCAAGCCUCUUUAUUAUCAUAAAUACAUGGAAAUCCCUAGCUUUCUAAAGUUUGUUGUUGUGCCAGUAAUCAGAAAUGGAAUCCUUAUCAUCAUCAUAGUCUCUUUUGCAAGCAAACUGUCAUUUUGUGCAACACAUGUUAUUGAUCACUGUUUUUGUGAGCACAUGGCAUUGGUUCAGUUAGCAUGUGGCGAUAUAUCCAUUAAUAACUUGGUAGGACUUUUGACUACUUUCCUUAUACCAACUUCAGAUUUUAUUCUGAUUACUGUUUCCUAUGUUGUGAUUUUUGCCUCUGUGUUCAAAUCUGGCAAAGCUCACUUGAAGGCCAUUAACACAUGUAUUACUCAUUUCAUUGUUAUGUCAGUUAGUUUGACUUUUGCCUUGAUUGCAUUUAUGUCAUACAGAAUAAGAAAUAAUUUUUCUCCUAGCAGUCGUGUAUUUGUGAGCACAAUGUACAUACUUUUUCCAAGUUGUUUUAACCCAAUUAUUUAUGGAGUAAGAACAAAAGAAAUUAGAGAAAAGUUUCUGCAGUUGAUAAAUGAUGUAAAGGUCCUACCCCUGAAAUAA